CUGUGUAUAGGACUACCUGUCAUGAUCAAGGCAAAUGAAGCCACAGAAUGCAAUGUAACAAAUGGUGCAGAAGCCAUUGUUGUUGGCUGGUCAUCUAAGCCACUAACUGGUGAUAAGAGAAUGCUUGAGGUUGUAUUUGUAAAGCUCACAGCUGCGCCAACACCUGUGAAGUUGGAUGGCCUUCCAGAAAAUGUAGUGCCCAUUGCUGCACAGUCUAUGAAGAUACCUUGUCUGAUGCCCAAUGACCGCACAUUAACAAUCCAUAGGACACAGGUAGCAUUGAUACCCAAUUUUGCCAUGACAGAUUUCAGCUCUCAGGGACACACACGGCCCUAUAAUGUGGUUGAUUUGCAGAACUGCAAGAACCACCAGUCAGUGUACACCUGCCUUUCCCGUGGAUCCACAUACCAAGGGACCAUUAUUGUACAGGGUUUUGACAACUCCAAGUUCAUGGGUGGUGUAACUGGCUGGCUAAGACAG